UGUGUGGCAGUACAAUCUUGUCACGUUUGAACCUGUUGCUGUUUUACUUACAGAGAAGAAGAAACAAACGCGCUAUCGGCGAAAUCGCUACUGGAAAUAUAAGUUAAUAGUGUUUUAUAUUCAGAUAUUUGCUUCUCAUCAGAUGUUAUGGAAGUAAAACCGUUGCACUGAUCAAGUCUUCGAGUUCAAUUAAACGCACACUAGUUACUGGAGCACAGUGGGAUAUGUGAUACGAAGGUUUGGCAUCACUAGCAGCCUGCCCAGCAGCAUUCACCACGGCGGGGGAAAUCCGACCCAUUGUGUGCAGGGUGGUUAUCUACCUACAGCGGGACAUGUCAGGAGAGAGCUGCCUGCACCAGCUUCAACCACAAAUCGGGCCCAUUGUGUCAGUCUCUUCAGCGGCUUGUCCCAAGACUAAGACUUGCACCUACAGUGGUGUAUCUGGAAACAAAUACGUGCAGCUCAAUGUUGGUGGAAAUCUUUACUAUUCAACACUGCAAGUUCUCACCCGGCAGGACACCCUGCUGAGGUCCAUGUUCAGUGGAAAAAUGGAGGUACUUACUGAUAAGGAAGGUUGGAUUCUAAUUGAUCGGUGUGGGAAACACUUUAGCUCAAUUCUCAGCUAUCUCCGUGAUGGAUUUGUGACCUUGCCUAAAAGCAGACAGGGUGUCAUGGAGCUCCUGGCGGAAGCCAAGUAUUACCAGAUCCAAGGAUUGAUAGACUUGUGCCAGAGGGCUCCGCAGGAUAAUAAAGAAAAGGCAUUCUGUGUUAUCCCAGUCAUAACAUCUCCAAAAGAGGAAGAGAGACUUAUACAAGGCUGCGUAAGGCCUGCUGUGAAACUGCUAUACAACCGGGGUAACAACAAAUAUUCUUAUACCAGCAACUCGGAUGACAACUUACUCAAGAAUAUUGAGUUGUUUGAGAAGCUAUCGCUGAGCUACAGUGGUCGUGUGCUGUUUAUAAAAGAUGUCAUUGGAGACGAGAUCUGCUGCUGGUCCUUUUACGGUCAGGGCCGCAAGCUAGCAGAAGUCUGCUGCACAUCCAUUGUUUAUGCUACUGAGAAGAAGCAGACAAAGGUUGAGUUUCCAGAGGCAAGAAUCUAUGAGGAAAUGCUAAAUGCCCUGCUUUAUGAGACUCUCCCGGUCCCAGAUAACUCCUUGUUGGAGGCCACCCGAAGGCGUAACAAUUGUUGCUCACACAGUGAAGAGGAGGAAGCCGUGGAGCUGAGGGAGCGUGUGCGUCGCAUCCACAUCAAAAGAUACAGCACUUAUGAUGACCGACCACUUGGACAUUAGCCUAGCUGUGAAUCGAGGCUUUGCCACUAGUGCCUCAGUUUUUGCAAUGACUGUGGAGAACACUAAACUACCAGCAUCAAUCUCUGAGAGACCAUAUUACCACAUUUUUAAUCACCACCUGAAUAGGUUGCUGCUUUGUUAAUUGGCUGUAAGAGGAGGCUUGACAAUUGGUUUUGGAGAUGUAAUGCCAUUAAUGUGAACAUAACAAAUAAGGUUGAUGUAGCUUGCUGUCAGUUACUUCGUUUUAAUUUAUUUACCUCAACAUUUCAUUAAAAAUCUUUAGAAAUUAAUAAACCUAAUCAUAGAACUUUUAUAUUUGAUAGCAUGUAUUAACGAUUUCUACUAACCUUACAGGAUCAUAUACUCCUUUACAAUCAUUAUUUAUGCCUAUAUCAAUCAUCCAUACUGUGAUUUAAGUUAUUCAUAUGAAAUAGGUUUGAUCAAAUGAAAUCAUGUAUUCAAACUUGUAGUGUUGCAUCAAGAAAAUAACGUUACAAGUUUAUGAUUUGUCUGUUAGGAGGAUGAAGAGAAAGGGAUGGUUCACCCAAAAAUGAAAAUGUUCUUAUCAUUUACUCAGCCUCGUGCCAUCUAAGAUGUGUAUGGGUUUCUUUCUUCUGCAGAACACAAAGUUUUUAUGAAGAAUAUUUUAGUUGUGAAUGGUGACCCUGCCCCUCAAGCUCCACAAAUCACAUUAAAGCAGCAUAAAAGUAAUCAAUGAGACUAUUGUUUUAAUAAAUGUCUUCAGAAGAUAUAUUAAAGGUAUGGGUGAAAAACAGAUAAAUUUGAUCAAGUCAUUUUUUUUACUAUAAAUUCUCCUCCCUGCCCAGUAGGUGGCAAUAUGCACAAAGAAUGUGAAUUGCCAGAAGAAAAAAAAAGUGUGAAAGUGAAGAAGGACUUAAAAAUUGAUCUGUUUCUCUAGCACACCUAUCAUAUCCCUUCUGAAGAUAUGGAUUUAACCACUGGAGUCUUAUAGAAUACUUUUAUGCUGCCUUUAUAUGUUUUUUGAGUUUCAAAGUUUUGGUACCCAUUCACUUGCAUGGACCUGCAGAGCUGAAAUAUACUUCUAAAAAUCUUUGUGUUCAGCAAAUGAGGGUGAGCAAAUGAUGAGGGAAUUUUAAUUUUUGGGUGAACUAUUCCUUUAAUGCCUAAUGAAUUAUUAUGAUCAAUAGUUUACUUUCCAAUUAAUUUAUGAUCAAAGCAUUUUUUUGAACACAAAUGUUUAUUUUGAUCUAGCUCUAAUUUGUAUCAGUUGUACUCUCUACAGCAGACUUUUUGUGUGAUUCAUGUCCUUAUUGUCUUAUACCAAAAUUAAGCGGCAUUAAAAUAUUAAGUAUGAACUUUAUUGUUUUUAUGUGCAUACUAGAAUUGUAUAAAUGGAUUUCGUUGUUAUGCAUCUGUGCGAUUUAUAUGGUAUGCACAGCUGUUUCCUGCCACAUCAGGAGGAUGUGAGACAAUCAACCUAAGCAGUAUCUGGGAUGCAAUAGGUCAUAUUCCCUCCCCUAUGAAUCGAAUCAUGCCAUGGUAAACGUCUAAUGAUAAUAAAUUGAU